UCUGUGGGCAGUUGAAAAUAUUAAUGUUUUACGAAUUGCAAACAUAAACACUGCUGGACAUUUUCCUAUAAAAUUUGAGCCGUUUAAUGCAAUUAACAACAAAUUCAAGGUUCAACAACCUUCAUUUAAUCGCUAGAUUUUUUAACAGAUUCUUAGCAACUAAAUUAAGAAAUUUCAGCCAUAUAGUAAACUAUUAAUUAUCGUGUCUUUCAAUUGCUACAUUUAGCUCCAUUAUGGUGUAAUUCUCUAUAGUUGGUGCUCUUUCUCCUCAGCAUUCAAUGAGUUUUCUUGAAUACUUUACACCUAGCCCAUGUUUUUUAUGCCAUCUAACCUAGCUUUUAAAUUUCAUUUUCUUGUCUGCAUGAUUAAGUCAAGUACCCAUAGUAGGAAGGUUCUUUUAGUUUUGUGUAUGUAUAUUACAGCUGAUUUUACAAAGAAGCUGAAAUUGUGAAAGGAUGAUUGGCUUAUUUUCGAACUAUAGGCUAUAGCUUAUGAAAAUUGGCUUAAAUCCCUCUUCGUGAAUACUUCAUUUUUUCUCCAAAUAUUUCAUAUUCACUUGAAUUUUAGCCAUUUUCAGAAAGCAGAAACUAUCGAUUGCACUCUGUUCUUUUCUGGGAAUUUUCAAUGGAAAAUCUAUCAAACAGGACAGUUUUCAAUACCAUUUUGUUGCAACUUUCGACGAUCUUGGUAUUUUUGGAGAUGAGUUUGGCAGAAAAUAUUCCUGCAAAUUUCGUUUUUGGAGAUUCUUUAGUUGAUGUUGGUAACAACAACUACAUUGCAUCACUUUCAAAAGCCAACUAUGUCCCAAAUGGAAUUGAUUUUGGGAAUCCAACAGGGCGAUACACGAAUGGAAGAACAAUUGUCGACAUUAUAGGGCAGGAAUUAGGUUUAAAGGAUUUUACUCCACCAUACUUGGCACCAACCACAGCUGGAGAUAAGGUUCUGCAUGGUGUCAAUUAUGCUUCUGGUGGAGGGGGAAUUCUGAAUUACACUGGAAAGAUUUUUGUAAGUACCAUUGUAUUUUUAUUUGCUUUUUUGAAUAUUUAUCCUGGAUCGAAGGGACCUUCAAGAAUGUCGAAGAGAAUAGAAAAGAGCAAGGGUAGUGAUGUCAUAGAUCUUUUCCAGAAUCACUAUGACAUCAGGUUCUAUGGGAAGGCCACAAAGAAUCCUUAUGAAUACAUACAGGAGGCCAUUAAAACAUGGAUAUUUUCUCAACCUCUUGGGAACAUACAGUCAUGGAAGGAUAUGGUAGAUGCUUUAGUGGGAGCAUUGAUAAUGACCAUGGAUGUAGAUGAUGCUUAUGAGCUAUAUGAGAGAAUAGCAUAA